GUUAUAAAAAGGCGAGUAUCUGAGACAGGAGAGCGAGAGACCAGCCGGUUCUUCUACAGAUAAAGGUCUCUGUACAAAGAUCUCCUCCUGUGAUCAUCUCACAUCUUCUACUGAACUCCAACAUCAAGUUAAAGCAGCUUGUGAUUUCUACCCUCCUGAGAUCAACUUCUCUCACACUCACUCAUCAAACUCUUCCUCAUCACACACUCCUGAUCACACACUCCUCACACACUCAUCACACUCAUCACGCACUCUUCACACACUUAUCAUCACACACUCCUGAUCACACACUCCUCACAUUCUUCCUCACACACUCCACACACUCCCCCACCGUGUGUCAGGAUGAAGCUCCUCUCACUGGUGCUCCUGCUCUCCUCUUUCUCCUCACUGACCGUGAUGGAGGUUGUUAAUUCUUUUAAUGAGUCAUGUAGUGACUUCUUCAUCCAUAAUGAAAAUGACAUCAUCAUCCCCACUAUCUUCCCUGGAUGUCAGUAUACCAUGAUUUGCCAGCGCUUGGAAAACAAAUCCAUGUUUGCCACCGUGUAUGACGCUGUGAGGAGGAUCCCUGUUUACUCGGCCUACACACUCUCAGGGAAAAAUGAGACUAACCUCAGCGAUGAGUGGAAAAUUGAACCACAGCUGGAAAAUAUUGAAGAAUAUAGAAACUUGACAGAGAUGAUUGUAUCCCCGAGUGAAGCAGGAAAGAUAUUUAACCAGGCCGUCGAUUCUGAUUAUAAAGGUACAGGGUUUACUAGAGGUCAAGUGUUUCCAUAUCAGUUUGCUGCUGAUCAGGAACAAGCAAAUUCCACCUUCACUUUAACUAAUGCAGCUCCACAAUACAAUGACAGCAAACAAAAAUGGGCCGAUCAAGUGGAGAAAGCGAUGCUUAAUGAAAUAAAACAAGACUGCAACCUCGACCAAAAUCACCGGGCGUACAUUGUGACCGGGGUCGUCCCAGGGAAGAACUGGAUAUCCAUAACAAGAGACGGAGAACAAUAUGAGGAAGGAAUUAACAUUCCCAGUCAUUUUUGGAGCGCUUACUGUUGUACCAAUAACAAACGACAACUCGUAGCAGGGGCCUACAUCACUAAGCAGGAGAGCUUUAAUCUCAGACGCCCCAACAUUCACCACCUGAAUACUGAGCUCACUAAACUGUAUAAUAAGAAGAUACGUUUUAAUGUGUUUCCAGGAAUAGACUGUAAAAAACGUAAAAAAUAAAGCUGAUUAAAUCUUAUGCAGCAAAAAACAAUGAAAAUUCUCUAUUAUCAAAAAAAUUAUUAUUUUUAAAUGUAGUAAUUUGAGGCCUUUAUUUACGUCUGCUUUCACACUCAGCCAGCGCACGUCACAGAGAACUGUACAGGAAGUCGACAUCUAGAUUACUGACAAUAACAUAUCAGUUCUAAUGAGGAAGCUAGGCUAGUGCGUUAUUAUGGUUAGUUAUGUGUGUGUGUGUGUGUGUGUGUGUGUGUGUGUGUGUGUGUGUGUGUGUGUGUGUGUGUGUGUGUGUGUGUGUGUGUGUGUGUGUGUGUGUGUGUGUGUGUG